AAGAAUGUAUAUAUGUACAUACAUACAAAUACAUACUUAUGUGAUACAAGUUGCGCAUGCAUUCAAAUCAUAUGUUUGGGACAAAUGCGUCUGGACUUUAUAUACCACAUUAUACGUAUGUAGAUAUGUAUGUGCACACUGGUUGGUCCGACUUUAAUAAUGUCAAUAAGAAUAAAUACUUUCUAAACGUAAUAUUUAUGGAAGUACGUAACUUUUAUACAUACAAACAUAUCUAUAAACAAUUUUUUGAAAAUUGCUAUAGUAUCAAAAUAUUAUAUGCGAAAUCUAUAGCCACAUCUUCCAUGUAUUGUACAUAUACGAGUAUAAUAAAUAUUCAUAUGUAUACGCCUUAUAAUAUUGUUAAAAAAACUAAAAUAUCAAACAUUGAAAACAUUUUCAUUUGCGGCCCUGCGACGCAAUAACCACAGACAACAACGAAGGCCAAACAGCCUUUCUAAAUACAUUCAUAUAAGUGUACAUAUGUAUCUUCGUGGAUAUAAAAAUCAGUCUUUUCGCCGUCUUGCACCUAUACUGUACGCCAUGUGUGUCCAGUACAGCGGGUGGCAAUAAAAGACGCAUAACUUUUAUUUUGAAUACGUCAAAGCUAAAUGAUUCCAGAAAGUUUGUAGCUCCUUUGUCAGUCAUGGAAGUAAUCUUCAAAGAGUUCUCAAAGAGGGGUUUUUGUUCAAAAUUUUUAAAUUCAGUCCAAUUUUCAUCUCAUCUAUUUCUAAGUUGGUAGAUUACUUGCAUCGAUACCUGCAUUAUCUACAUACAUAAUAUGUCAUUUACCUGAAAAUGCAAAUAUAGAGUCGUUAGUCCGGUAUAGGAACAUAAAAAUAUAUGACAGAUGUAUUCUUCGUACAAAUUGCUUAUUUUGCUUCAAAAUUUAACUACUUUAUAAGCUUUUUAUGUGCAGUUACAUAUAUUACAAUAUAUAAGUAAGGCAGAAAUAUUUACAUAGCCUGUUUUGAAACCUUAUCUAAACAGCUUUUGUUACAACAAAAGGCAUUUCUCAAUUAUUCACAUUUUCAACUACAAAAGUUAGGUAUGCCCUUAAAUAGUUGGGCUGAUUUUGAAUCUUUAUACAUAAAUUUGUGUGUAAAUAAAUAUGAUUUGAAAAUGCCACUUUUAAAAAAAACAUAGAAACAUUUGUUUGUUGUUUAAUCUUCAAAACCUCUACAGAGAAAUCCAUCAAUUGUAAGCAGACAUCUUGCAUAUGUUAAAGCUUUUUAUGAUUAGGAUACUCUCAAUGCUGUUAUGCAUUUGUAUGUAUUUAUAUAUGUAUAGGAGCGACACAAAGUCACAUAGCUACUUUCGACUUUAUCUACUUGUGAAAACACAGUACUUUCUAAAUUUACAUUUUUGUAAAUAUAUAUGUAUACACGUGCAGACAUAUGUGGGUAUCUCGUUGAUGGAUCUAUUGCCAAAACUGUCAAACAAUUUGUGACUUACAUCAUACCUGAACCUCAGCUUCAUCGCUUACUAAAAUAGUAAACUUCAUAUACAUAUUUACUUUGCAAAUACAAGCUCUGCCGAUUAUUGAAGUACUAAAAUGGCGAACCAAAUAUGAGUGAGUGUCCUUGUAUGAGUCUAAGUAAGUUUUGCUCUUCAAUUUUAUGUAUAACUUUCUAUUUUCCUAUACUUUGGCUUGCAGUUCCAUUGUACUAUUCUUCGUUUUUUCUUUAUUUUCAAAAAUGGAAAACAAUUUUUACCAAAACAAAAUAUGUAUGCUGAAUUUUUGCGUUUUUGGUAAAAUGCCAGCAUUAUUGCUCGCCUUGUUUUCGAAAUAGUACACAUAAAUCCAUUUUUGUAAAUAUGUACACACAUGAAAGAAAACACGAGAUUUAGCCGCAAAUGUGAUUUCAAAAAAAAAAGGAAAUAAAUAAAUGCAAAAUAAAAUAUGGUUUCUUGUUUAGUUGAAAUAUGGUGCACGUCAGUUUACUCUUUGUGUUCUCUUUGUAGUGUUGUGUAUUGCUGUGCAUAUAUACCUACAUAUUUUCUGUUUACAAAAACGUCAUUUUGCCAAAAAUUCGUUGUUUCAAUUCCUUCAUUUGCAUUGUGCUGGCGUUAAUAUUUUGCGCAAAAAUUUGGUCCAAGGAAGAAACGAAAGUGACAACGCAAGUUUCGUCAGCGGCCAGCAAUUUUUGUAUAAGAACGCGCUGAUCGACGAAGUGCUACGAAUUUGGUGCUGCAACACUUUAUUAAAUACCAAUUGCCAAAAACCAAAAAGUAAAAAAUAAAAAAAAAACAAAUUCAAGUUCAAAUAAUACACAGUGUGUUGCAAUUAUGUCGUGCAUUUUUUAAUACGCUAACUACUCAAUUUGUGCUCUAAAAAGUGUGGUGUCUAUCUAAAAUUGCAUAUAUAUAUUUCUUUUUUUUAUAAAAGUCAAUUAAGCUAAAAACAACAAAUAAUCAAAAAUACAAAACACAAUGCAAGCGGUAAAGGCGAAAUUGUCAAAUAUUUCCAUACCUUGGAGGCUAGUGUUGAAAAAUGUCGCAGCGAUUGUGAUAUCUUUGGUAGCAUUGUCAUGGCUACACCUACGUCCAUUAGGCAUUUUCUUCCUAUCACUAUUUUUCUACUGGAUUUAUAAGACACGCUGCAACUUCCGAAUUGUACCACCACCUGAAUUGCAAAAAAUUUAUCAAUUUCGCAAAGAAAAUAGGAAGAUGUUCGACUCAGCUGUGUUUUCUGCCGGGGGAUUCCUUGCGGUCAGUGCACCGAUAUUGACGGGAUUCCCCUUAGGCUUGGUUCUAGUGGCGAUUGCGGUUAUAGCUGCCAACCGCAUUGAAUAUGAACAAUUUCAAAGUGAGCGACGUCGUGACCGACACUAUUAUCAAGACUACACACAUACUGAGAGUGGUACCGAAACUGGGACCGGCACCGAGACCGAAACCGAAACGGAGUCAGAUGAUGAAUUUUUGCCAGAGACAAGCUCAAAUAAUCUUGUGCUAUUGGCACGUGCAAGCGACCAAGCCUCAUACUCCUUACAGACCGAGGACAUCGAUGAUAAUGAUGAUGAUGACGGUAGUAAUGGAAGUGAUGAUAUACCAUCAGAGCUUUUAAUACCCGACUCCAUACCGGAGUUGAAUGAAAACUCCACGGAUGAUGACGAUGAUCUGAUGCCGGUUAUCAAUGUUGAUGAACUUAAUGCAGAUCCGCGAACAAUCGCCAGUAAUAUACGCUUUGAGAAGUGUCACUUUAAGUCUGACUCCUCCUCGUCAUCGGAGGAGAAUUUGUCGAAAGGUUUAAAUUUUACCGAUUCGGCAAAGCCAGUUAACACCACCGCGAAUGAUAGCGUUGUUGCCGCAUUGGUCGCUACUUCCUCCGCUCAAGCACUGCUCGAAAGUGGCAGCAAGCUACUACCUACACUUGUCACCGGCCUAUUGCAAUUGGGUAGCAUGAGUGCAGCUACCAAUAACAGUAGCAAAAGCAAAGCUUUAGUAGCGGCAGUAGCCACAGUUCCAAAGGAGGAUGACCGCUCCUCCGAAAGUGACUUUGAGAUCAUAGAACACGAAUAGGAACGCAGCUUAUCAAAUUUCCGAGUCCAAAGAAUAAUAUAUGUAUGCAUAUACAUAUGUUUAUAGACAUAUUGAUAUACUGAAGAGGAAAGGUAAUUAGUGAGUGAAGCACAAUUCAAAGUAAAUACAAAUGUACUUAUUUUUAGCUAAUGAAUUAAAAAAUAUUUAUAUAGACUAUGAUUUAAAGGAUUUGCAUCAUAUUUUUAGUAACAGCAUUUUUUUUUUUUAAUUUCAACUUUUUAUUAUCAGUUCUUAAUUAUUUUUGAGCAAUCAUUUUAUGCGUAAUUUAAUCGGUGGAUUUUUUAUUUUAAGUUUCUUUAAAAUUUUUUUCGGCGCUUUAGAUUAGAUGCAUGUUCUGCAAAUAUCAACCAUUCACAUUUUCAAACAAUAAUUAUGGUUUUUAACAUACAAAAUAAUACUGAAAGUUACAAAGACAUAUAUAAUAUUUGCCCAUAUAACCAAUUUACUUUGAAAAUAUUGAUCUCAGUUUAAAGCAAUAUAAUAUCUUUUUUUACUAUGACGCGUUUCCUCAACAUUAAAAAUCCAUUUGGACAAAAUUUUUCCGCGGUGUUUUUUACCUAAAAACCUGAUGAUUUUUAUUUUCCUAUAUACAUAUGUAUAUAUUUUUCAAUUUUCUUUUUUAUGUUUUUUAUUUAGUUUUUUAUUUUUAAUUUAAAUUGUACCAAAUUUCUAUGAUUUUCUGGUUUUAUUAUUUUGGGUUUUUUAUUUUUUAUAUGAACGUAAAUAAAAAAAAAUAUUAAAAAUUUUUUGUUUGAUUUUCUAAAACUUAAUUUUAAAUAUUUUUCGAUUUUACACGAUAUAUGUAUUUCGUAAUUACAAGUUAUGUAAAUCUUUUUUUUUAUAAUUUUUGUUUACAUAUUUUUUUUAUAUUAUUUCACGUAAUAAAAAAAUGUAUAUAAAAUAUCCAAAAAAAUUUUAAUUGGAUUUAAAAAUAAUUUUUUGUUUAUUUAUUUACUUUUUUAAUAAAUUUUUAUUCCAGAAGACAUAAUUUAAUUUAAAACGCUUUUUUUACUGUUUUUAUUUCUCUAUAUUUGCUCCUAAAUUUAGAAUAAAAAAGAAUAUAGAAUUUCCGUUUUAAUUUUCAAAAGCGUUUUCAACGGUUUUUAAUUUAAAAUAUUUUCCGUUCUUUUAUGACUUAUAAAUAUUAAAAGCAUACAUAAAUAUUUACAUAUUGUUAUUUAUUACAUAACUAAAAAAUAUCUAUAAAAUUUUUAAAAAAGAUUUAAACUGGAUUUCAAAAUAUCCAAAAUUUUUCUAUAAAUUUUGCCAGAAUACAUAAUUUUACUUAAAACAAAUUCAUUUUAAAUACACCAUACUUUUAUUUCUAAAGAUCGAAUUUUUGAAAUUUUUCUUGAAUUAAAAUAAAGAAUUGUAAAUUUUAGUUUCGUUUUAAAAAAAUGUAUAAAAAAAAGUAUAUAUUGAGUUAAAUUUUUUUUUUAAUUUCGCAGAAAAAAUCAUAUCUGUUAUCGUCAGGUUUAUUUUAAACACGAACUUAACUAUGUAAAAAAAAGAGUAUAUUUUGAGUUUUUGUUUCGAAAUUCUAAAAUGUCGAAUUCACAAGUUUUCUGCAUUUUUUUAGUUAUAAACGUUAUUUUGUAUUGGGUGAUCUAUGAAAAAUACAUAAAAAAUCGUACAUGUAUUUUUACAUUCACAUGUAUGUUUGUUUGUCAAAAUUUUCUGAAAUUUAAAUUGUAUGUAAAUUUAAAGUUAAAAAUAGUUUGAAUGAGAAAAUUCAUUAUAAGUAUAAAUAUUUUUAUAUUAUUUCCUGAUUGAUAAAAUUUUAUAUAUACAUAUAAUAUCUUUUAUUCUUAAUAUAUAAAUUUUGUAAAAAAAAUUCUAAUUUUUACAAAUAUAUUUUAUUGAAAAUUUUUCUGAUUACAAAUGUUAAAAAAUGAUUUACAUACUUCACUUAAAUAAUACUACAAGUAUAUAAAUAUAUUUAUGCUUCUGUUAUUGAAAUUUUGAUAAGUGUACUUGUAUUUCCUAGCUAAAUGACAUUGGUGCUUUGCCACAAAAUCGUGCUUACUUUAUAUUAUCGUAUUUUUUUUAGUUAUCUAAUAAUUUUUGUACAUAAAAUAUGUAAAUUGUGUAUUUAUAUAAUAAUAAUAAAAAUAACAAAGUUUCAUACUUACUCACUCACGUUGUAAAGUUUUUCAAAAUUAAGUAUGAAAUUUUUAAUAAAAUAUUAAUAUAAAUUUAAUAUAUUUUUUACCAUACUUUUAAAUUGGAAAUUUAGAAGAGAACUGAUUAUAUAACUUAUAUUUUAUUUGAUUAUUUUUGGCACAUAGGCAAAGGUAUAUAAAGAAUAUGUAUCAAUAUAUACAUAAAUAAUAUAUAUCUACACUUAAGCGUUACAUUUAAUUGAUUUAUUAUUAUUUAGCUAUCAGAGUUUAAGGAAUUUGUAAAAUAAUUAUUAAUAUUAAAUAUGGUUCUGCACAAUGAAUUCAUACAAAUUUAUAUCAUACAAUAAAAAAAAUAUAAAUAUAUAUGCUAGUAUGUAAUUGUAUAUGUAAACAAGAACAUGUGAAUCUAUAUUGUUUUACUGUCUAUAAUAUAAUGAAAAAUUAUACAUAAGCAUCACAAUUCAAUGAGGAAUAAUGAACUAAAAUUAAGUCUAAAUGUACAUGUAAAAAAAAUAACUGGAUAUAUAUUUUUUAUUUAAUCCAAGUAAACGUAUAACAAUAAAGCGAUUACAUAUAUUAGCACAUUUGUAGUUAUAUAAGUUUAAAGUUACUAAAUUAAAUCGAUUCUAAUGCUUAAGAGAAUUGAGUUAUAGUGGAUAAUGAACUACAUAUAUAUAUUAGCGGUACUCAUAGAAAUACGUAUAUAGCCUGCAACGCGUUAGAAUAUUUGCCAUUUUUAUCACAAGCUUGUAAAAUAUGAAACAAAUGCAGUUGAAAAAAAAUCGGAUAAAUUCUAAGUAGAGCAUUUGACUCAAUUUGUGUCGUUAUUUUAAAACAAAAAUAAUUUUUUUAUGGGUAAUUGUACUUGUAAAUAAUGAGAAGGCUACACUUAUUCAAUCCAUUUACGUGUUUUUAUGAAUACCCUAUUAUAUUACAAAUUAAUAGUAAAUAUAUAUAAAUAUAUACAUUUAAAAACCGA